GCCCCGCCCCCUCGGCCCCGCCCCUCCGCCCGCAGCCGCCGCGGCCCCGCGCCCGCCCGUGUUCGUGCCCGUGCCCGUGGACGAUGGUGGCGGCCCGGGGCGCUGCCGCCCGCCGCGGAGCGCUGCUGCUGCUGCUCGCCGCCCUCGGAUCCUUCCGUCUGCGCCUCGCCCGUGCCGCAGCGUCGUGUCCCCGGAGCCUGGACUGUGCCCUGCAGCGCCGAGAGUUCUGCCCGCCAGGCUCGGGUGCCUGCGGGCCCUGCCUGCCCCCGUUCCAGGAGGAUGGCCGUGGGCGCUGUGUCCAGAGGCAGCUCUCACCCAAUGGACGGAGCUCCGUUCCCGGCUUGGAGGCAGAAAUUGAUCUUCUCGCGGAUGUGCUGGCCAAGCAGGAGGCUCCUCCCCACCACCCGGCACAGGAUGGCAGACCCAGGACCAGCCCGGUGCCCGACGGCGGCAGGCAGCGCGUGGCCAGUGGGCUGAGAGGGGGACGCCUGCAGCAGGGUCCUGCCGGCCCUCUGGCAGCCACCACCCUCCCCACCACUGCCACAGCCCAGAGGUACCCGCUGGAGGCGUCCCCCAUCCCGGCAAAUGACAGCGUAGUGCUCGGGCUGAUCGUGGUGUGCACAGUGGCCGGGAUCUCAGCGCUGAUGGUGGCGGCCAUCUGCUGGUGCAGGCUGCAGAAGGAGGUCAGGCUGGCACAGAAAGCAGACUACUCAGCCCAGCAAGUAGCCAGCCCCCUGCCCUAUGACAAGAUCUCGGUAAGGUGCCCGUGUCCCUCCCUGUGGGAUGUUUGGCACUCAGGCCCCAGUGCUCUGCUGGAGGGAUUCCCACACCGUGGAGGCCCCCCACCAGCCAGGUUGGGGCCCUCCAAAGCCCAGUGUCUGCAGCUGUUCCUGCUCUCUCCACAGCCCGGGGACAAGACGCUGGCUCAAAGUGCCCAAAUGUACCACUACCAGCACCAAAAGCAGCAGAUGCUCUCCCUGGAAAAGCAUAAAGAGGAGCCCAAGCUGCCAGACUCAGCAUCAUCUGAUGAGGAGAAUGAGGAUGGAGACUUCACCGUGUAUGAGUGCCCUGGGCUGGCUCCGACCGGAGAAAUGGAAGUGAGAAACCCGCUAUUUGACGACUCCUCCUUACACCCCUCCAACCCCAAGUCGCACCAGUAACCACUCCGUCUGCUGUGCCCGAGCUUGCCACAGACUGUGCCCGUGGCCGUGCCCGGAGGGGUGACCGUGCCGAGGGGCACCCACAGCUGGGCCGAGGGACGCCGACCCCGCGCUGCCAGACUGUUCGACGCCUGCCCAAUAAACACCCACUAACAGCUA